AUGAAGUACGAACGAACUUCAGGCCUCUUACUUCAUGUACAAUGUCUUCCGAAUAAGUUUGGAAUUGGAGACGUCGGACCGGAAGCAUACAAGUUUGUCGAUAUUUUACAUGAAUGUCAACAAAAAUCAUGGCAAAUAUUACCAUUAAAUGCAUCGGAUAAAGCAAAUCCAUACAGUGGAACAUCAGCAUUUGCUGGACAUCCAUUAUUGAUUAGUUUAGAAAAACUUGCUGAAGAUGAUGGUCUACUUACAAAUGAUGAUUUGAAGGAUAUUCCAAAGUUUAAUACCAGUUAUUUAGAUUUUGACAAAGUUUAUGAUUAUAAAUAUGGACUGUUAAAACAUGCAUAUGAAAAUUUUAAGAAGAAAAAUGAUAAAAGUCAACAGAAAGAAUUUGAAAAUUUUUGUAAAGACGAAACAGAAUGGAUUGAUGAUUAUACAUUAUAUAUGGCAAUAAGACAUAUAAAUAAAAAGACUAGUUGGACAACGUGGGAUACAAAAUUGAAAACGCGUGAUGAAGCAACAUUAGAAAAAGUUAGAAAAGACAAUGCUGAUUUAAUAAUGUAUUAUAAAUUUCUUCAAUAUAUAUUUUUUAAACAAUGGGCUGAAUUGAGAAAAUAUACAAAUAACUUAGGCAUCAAGAUCAUUGGUGAUAUGGCCGUAUAUGUUGAUCUUGAUAGCGCUGAUGUAUGGGCUAAUCAAGAGUUAUUUCAAUUAGAUCCAAAGACAAGUCUACCAAAUGCUGUCUCAGGUGCGCCACCCGAUGGAUUUAGCGCUGAAGGACAAUUGUGGAAUAAUCCAUUGUACGAUUGGGAUGGCGGUUUAAAAAAGACAAAUUAUAAAUGGUGGGUAGGGCGUGUGAAAAAAGCAUUGACAACAGUUGAUAUUCUUCGAAUAGAUCAUUUUCGUGGAUUAGAAGCCUAUUGGGCUAUACCGAUUGAUCCUAAAACUGGUGUAGCAGUUCAUCCAAAAAGUGGUAAAUGGAUAAAAGGGCGUGGCGAUGAAUUUUUACAUGCAACUUCAACAGCUCUAGGUGGAAAUUUACCGUUAAUAGCUGAAGAUCUUGGUUAUUUGACACAAGAAGUAUUUGAUUUGAGAGAUAAAUAUAAUAUUGUUGGCAUGCGAGUAUUACAAUUUGCAUUCGAAUUAGGUCCAAAAAUUAAUAUUUAUCUUCCACAUCAUUAUGUUACCGAUUGUGUAGCAUACACCGGUACACACGAUAAUGAUACUGCAAUCAAAUGGUUCAAAUGUGGAGCUAAUGAAUAUGAACGAAAGACACUUGUCAAUUAUUUGCAAAAAGAUUGUGCCGAAGUAGAGAAAACGGUCAAUUGGGAUUUAAUUCGAUUGACACUCUCAUCUGUAGCAGAUACAGCCGUUCUACCAAUUCAAGAUGUAUGCUCGUUAGAAAAUGAUGCACGUUUAAACGAUCCAUCUGGACAUGAAAAAAAUUGGUUAUGGCGUUUUAAAUGGGAAUAUUUAACACAGGAGGCUAAAGAGAAACUCAAAGAACUUACUUAUAUUUAUGGAAGAUAA